AUUAGAAUUCGUUCCCUUCCUUACAAUGAAACUCGGGACUUUAUCGGAGUAGGGAUCUGUGAGAAAUGCCCAUGCCCCUCGUUUCUACUAGAAUUCUCCCAUAUGAACAUGGCGUCCUUAGAAUCAGGUUUCCCAUGUAAGAAUCAGAGACGCGGUUGAUUACUGAAUCCUAUUCCAGUGAAUGGGCUGGAGGAGAGCUGCUUCUGUUUUCCUGAGCCGCAUAUCUCUACAUUCUAAAUCUCCAAUUCGGGUCCCUUUUGGCGAUUCCAGACGUCAUCCUCAUCUGUUGCGGUUUUCAAAUCCUGUGUUUAAUUUUCAAUGUCCAAGCUCAUUUUCUGCCGUUGCAUCUCCGAUUUCGUUUGCUGGCUGCCAAUUUGAAUCCGAGUUUUCAGCUUCCGAUCAAACCUAUGAUUCCGAGGGGCAAGAAGAGGACGAAACUGGGAAAAUUCCCAUCAAAGCUUACUUUCUUUGCACCAGUAUAAAUUUGAAGAAUAUGCAGUCUGAGAAUUUAAGCAACGUUGUCCCUCCUACCUCCCGCUCAUCGAAUUAUAUCGCCCUGAGAUACAGUGAUUUCCCUCCAGAAACCUCUGAUGUUCGAGUUAAAGGGCACUCAAGUUGCUGCAGAUACAUGGUUGUAUUCCAAUAUGGUUCUGCUGUUCUCUUUAACAUUGAGGAUCACGAAGUUGAAAGUUAUCUAGAUUUGGUCAGAAGACAUGCUUCUGGUUUGCUUCCAGAAAUAAAGAAGGAUGAUUAUGCUGUGAAAGAGAAGCCAUAUUUGGUCGAGGAUAUGCAGGGAGGUCCUGAUUACAUUGUUCUCAAAAGUUUAGACACUGAUGGUGUCCGGAUUAUUGGAAGUGUGCUUGGCCAAAGCAUUGCCUUGGACUACUUUGUAUCACAGGUUGAUAGUUUGGUUGAAGAGUUUGCAGAUAUAAAUCGUAAAAUGGAGAAAACAGGAACAUUCACUAUGGAUAAGAAGAAGCUCCUUCAACUUGUUGGAAAGGCCAAUUCAAAUCUAGCAGAUGUAAUUCUCAAAGUUGGUCUUUUCGAAAGAUCAGAAAUUGCAUGGAGGGAUGCAAAGUAUGCUCAAAUACAUGAGUACCUUAGGGAAGAGUAUGAAGUCACCCAGCGCUUCGGAAAUCUUGAUUUCAAAUUAAAGUUUGUGGAGCAUAACAUUCAUUUUCUUCAAGAAGUCCUCCAGAAUAGAAAGUCAGAUUUGUUGGAAUGGUGCAUCAUUGGCCUUUUGAGUAUUGAAAACGUGAUCUCAUUAUACGAGAUUGUUCGAGAUUCAACUCAUGUGCAUCUUUGAUUUGUUAAGGCAGAGGAAGGAAAUUUUGGUGUGGAGAUGAACAAGUUUUAGUUUGUUCAUUGAACUAAUUAUAUUCUUUUCACAGAAUAAUCUGAUUUUGUUACAUUAUUAUAUUAUGAAAAAGGCUUAGGAAAAACGAUGCCCAAAACACAUCAAAGAAUAGAGUGACCUGAAGAAAACAAGCUUCAGGUGGCAAAAAAGCAAUGGUUGGUGAGAUGUCUUAUGUGAAUAAAUAUUUGAGACCUAUUGAUUCUGUACACAACUGUGGAAAAGUCAUAUGAAAGUAAAUUUAUAUUUGGCAAGAAGCCAAAAACAA